CCCCAAAGACAACUCCACUACCACCGUUGACCCCACCAUUCAUACACCAGCAUGUCGGAACCCCCCGAGCGAAAGAGACUGCGAGUCACUCCUCGGGCUUCCAACGCCAAUGAAGAAGCUCCGGACGAGGAAACGGAAGAAACGGCAUUUGCGACUCUACACCAGCUCGGCCGAAUCAUUCGUCCGGCUUCUACUCCAGUUCGACGACCAUCCAGCGCCGGUCCGCUCUCCGGAGGCCGCGAACGCAACAGAACCCCAAAUAUCGCGAUCCGCACUCCAGGAAGUGCGGCACGUACACCGCGAGGCGGCCCAGCAACUCGUCCCAUCACAGCGCGUCGCGGCGCUCCUACAACACCUCAUGCGAUUCGCGCGCUGCGAGAACGCUUGGAGGCUGCGCGGACCCCGGGUCAGAACAGGCGGAAGAGCGGGCGGGGGCAGAGGGAGACGCCGCGGGAUACGCUGCGAGCGUUGAGUAGAAUUCUCGCAAAAACCACCAAGCCCACGGUCCUCUCCCCUGAUGGCGGCGCCCCACCUCCCCGCAAUCGCAAUCCCGCCCUGGACGACUUUGAUGCCAGCCCGGACAUGGAGCGACCGCGCCUUAGCAUGCCUCUGGGUGAUCUGUACGACGAUGACUCCUUCCACGAGGCUCCACCGCGGCAAUCGAUGCUCCCGGACCUACCAGACGACGUGGAUAACACGACUCUGCAAUCACUCGAAUUCGGACGGCGAGCACUGAGCGAGGACCCGAGACGGCGGUUCUCCACGCGUCUGAGUGGGUUCGGUGAGCUGAAUGAGCUAGGGGCCGAGCCGAGCGAGUUCGAGAUUGAUGGCGCGUUCAUCAAUCAAAGGCCGAGGAUGGACGAGGAUGCGCUGCUGCUCGGGGAUGACGAUGUCGGGGAUGAUGACAACACAGUCGAGCUCCGUGCGCUCAUGGACCGCAGGCAAAGUCGACUGAGUGAGCUAGAGGGGUUGGAAGACGACGACGACGAGCCGGAUGAUCCGACAUUUAGGUUUACCAUCCCGCAACGGGUUCUUCGUGAAGCCUCGCCGGCGGUUGCGGGUGCCGAGGCUCCGGAUGAUGAUGCAGGUCAGACGGAGGAUGGGGAGUAUGAGGAGGAUGAUGACGAUAUGGUCCCGCCAGUCCAGGACGACGACGAUGAAGCUGUGGAAGCCGAAGAAGACAUAGCUCUCGACGACGAACCGGAAUUUGAGGAUCCAGACGAAGAGAUGAUGGAAGCAGAUCUACGAGCGUACCGAGAGGAAGAGGCUGCCGUAGAUCGAAGCAUUCUCCCUGGUCCUGAUCCUGCCACGGCCAAAAAAGCAGGACGACGACAAAGAAAACUCCGUGUCUCGAAAGAUGGAACCGAGUACCCAGAGUUUCCCUCUGGCGUCGUCAAGAAGCUUGCAAAUGGCUUCGCGAAGUCCCAGGGCAUCAACUCGAAAAUCAGCAAAGAAACGCUCACUGCAAUCAUGCAGGCUACAGACUGGUUCUUUGAGCAAGCUGGUGAAGACCUGGCGGAUUAUGCGCAGCAUGCGAAGCGGAAGACAAUUGAUGACUCUGAUGUCAUUACGCUUAUGAAGAGGUAUGUUACAUUACUGUACAUAUAUACACCCAACGCUAACAAACUUUCAACAGACAACGACAGAUCAAUGCCAACACGUCGUCUUUCUCGCUAGCGCAGAAGCUGCUGCCCAGGGAGUUACUUCAGGAGAUCCGGAUGGCGCCGCCAGGGAAAGUGAAGCGGCCGAGACGGACGCGGAUGGAGACCAUGCAGGAGGAAUGAAUGAAUGAUGAUAGAUGGCGGCUGAAAUC